AUGUCCCCUGGUGAGGCAGUUUUUGAGAAGGUUAAUCAAGCUUCGGGAAGAGUUUACAUCUUGAAAUUCAAUACAGAUGAUCGGAAGUUUUUCUAUUGGAUGCAGAAUCAUAUGUGGGCGGUGCCUCCAAUAGUGCUUGCUUUAGCUAAACAGAAUUUGGAUAAGAAGUAUGACCUUUCUUCAUUGAAAAAUAUUGGUUAUGGUGCUACCCUUCUGGGAAAAGAUUUGAUGAAGGAAUGUGCCAAAAAUACAUUUGAUACUAUAAUUGGUCAGGCUCAAGCCAUGACUGAACCUUCUGCUAUUGUUUCAGUAGAGGAUUCAAGAAUAAGUGUCCAACAUUCAGGUUCUGACUGA